UGGACAACUUUUUUUCCGGAAAAACCUAAACAUAUAAUGCUGGGUGAGUAUCAUGUUUUUAUUUGGAAAUUUAAAAUUGGGUAAAUUUAGUAUUUGGCUUAUAAAAAAUUAAUUUUGAAUUUGAGCUAAUUUCACCUUAAUUUUAUAAUAGUCGAAGUUAAGAAUUUAAAAAUAACUAGUCAAAUUUUAUCAUUGUUAACUUCUUUAUUUAUGAUUUUGUAAUUAAAAUUUAUAAUUUAAUAUUAAUUUAGAAAAAUUAUCCUGAAUAAUCGAACUUUCACUGAUUUCCCAACAAUAAUACAAAUUUUCAAUUAACCAUGAAUAAUACGAAUUUUGACAUGUGUUUUCAUCUGGCAUACUAAUUUACCUGUAACCGGUAAAUGUGCUCAGCUCUCUUUUAAUUAUUUUUUUUUUUGAUAAAUUUUUUUUCUAUUUUUCUCGUAUUUCCUAACUAUUUUCAUUUAUCGUCAGGUGCUCCUUGGUAAUGCUUAUGAUGGUACAUCAGCUGAUAUAUGGUCCUGUGGUGUCAUUCUCUUUGUGCUAAUGGCUGGGUACUUGCCUUUUGAUGAUCCGAAUAUCAUAAAUUUGUACAAAAAUUCAUAAUGCUAGCUUUGUAAUGCCUUCAUGUUUUUCAUUUGGUGCUAAGAAGUUGAUUAAACGUAUUCUUAAUCCUAAUCCUCUGACGAGGAUCAAAAUUUCGGAAAUUUUGCAAGAUGAAUGGUUCAAAAAGGAGUAUCAUCAACCAAGUUUUGCUGAGGACGAGGAUGUGAAUCUUGAUGAUGUAGAUGCUGCUUUUAACAACUCAGAAAAAAAUCUGGUUACAGAAAGACGGAAAAAGCCAGUAUCUAUGAAUGCUUUUGAGCUGAUUUCUGGGUCACGAGGUUUCAGUCUUGAUAGCCUCUUUCAGAAGUAAGUUGUAUGUUUCUUUUUUGCACAAUUUUGUCUUGUGUUUGACUAUGUUUUAUGCUAUGUUAAUGGUAGAAAAGAAGAUAAGAUUCAAUUUUGUCUUGUGUUUGACAAUUUUGCGCAAUUAUAAGGUUUGUAUUGUUGAAUGCCUUAUUAGUCUCUCUUUCAUCAA